AUGAUAGCAAGCUAUAUUACAGACAACCGGGAGGGCAGACUGCAACCGGCCCAAACACUGAAAAGUAUCUAUGCACUGUCUCGCACUUGUCGCGCAAUCCACUGUCAACUAUGUUGGAACGUAUAUCGAUACGAUGCUGAUAGAGGGCAUAGCUUCGCGCUUGUCUGGGCUACCGUGACGAACAACCCUCAGACGGUGAGGUUAUCUCUGGCUGGCGGUGGCAAUACUCGAGCCACAAAUCAACACGGCCAGUCUCCGCUAUGGUUAGCAGCCCGCCGAGGACAUCUGGAGAUUUUGGAGAUACUGCUGGACCACGGUGCUGAUAUCGAGAUCAGGAAUCCGGUAGGCAUGACUCCUCUUAUGAUCGCAGCCCGAGAGGGACAAUGCGAAGUUGUGAAGGUAUUACUUGCUCGCGGGGCAAACCACGCAGCCCAGACCCGAGACCACUCUACAGCUCUCCUUUGGGCACUACGGGCUGGCAUGGUAGAUGCUGUGAAGAUGCUCAUCGCACAUGGAGCCCAGUUUCCAGAGCCCAAAACCACCCCCUGGCGACAAUGGGCUUUGGCUGCAUACCGUGCCGGUCCUGAUAGGUGGGACGAUAUCCCCGAGAUUCAAACACUGAUGGAAUCAAGCUACGAUGGAAAUCAAAACAGGCUUCUGUCAAAGAAACCCCUUCUGAAUGCUUUGCGGUACCAAUUCCUCGCAAUGUCCACCUUUUUCCUUGACCAGUGCAUCACCCCGAUUGGCGAUCUUGGAUCAUUCUUUGGUUUCUGUCCAUCCAAUGAAGCCGUGUACGGCGAACCCAGACAGGGAACCGAGCGGAUGUUCUGGAAACGCGAAAAGGCAUGGGAGCAAUGGCAUUACUUUGGACGCCCAAAUCAGAAUCCGAUGUGGUGGGCUGUGUAUCAUGGCGAAGAGGAAAUCGUGGAGAAGAUGUUGAAACGCGGCGCAGAGACUACUUCUAUUACCCACUGGCCCAAACAGAAAGCGCCGAGGAAUUUGAUCUCACUUGCUCUAGUCCGACGAUACUACGGGAUUGCCGAGCUGCUGCUGGACUAUGGGGCUGAUCCGAACUACGAAUUCUGGGAUUGCUACCUGCUCACCAGAGUGCUCCGAAUUGGAAAUGAACGGUUGGUGAUGAAGGUUUUGUUGCGCUUGAAGAGUCUUGGUGCCCUGAACUUUACUAACAAUGGAAACCUGCUCGCCAUAGCGAUUGGAAAACAAAACGCAAUGUUGGUCAAAAUGCUAAUUGAAUUUGGCAUAGAUCCGAAUGCGGAGAUUUUCUAUCAUAGAGGUACGGAAAGUGGCCGCGGGUUUAAAAAGCCAUUAUCUUUGGCUAUUGAAAUUGGGCAUCCGGACGUGGUGGACACGUUGGUUGAGUAUGGGGCUGUAUAA